CUUAAUGAGUGUUAAUUAUGUAACGUUUUAGUGAGGCAACUGACGUGAGGCACGGGUACCCGGUGACAAGGGCACUAAAGGGCACUUAAGUUGUCAAGGAUGAUUUAGACUGCUGUACACCUGUUAAGUCCAGCCAUCAUUUUUAAUUUGUAGAAAUUGCAGUUAGAAAAAUGAUGGCAGCUCUUCCUCCACGCAAAAAUCCAACUCCGACUAAAAUAUUGAAGCAACAUUUAACACCUCUUCAGAUCCUUUUACAGAUGGGGUUUCCUAAGCACAGAGCGGAAAAGGCACUAGCAGCAACUGGUCAUCGAGGCGUUCAAUUAGCAUCUGAUUGGUUACUUGCACAUGUUAAUGACACAACCUUGGAUCUUGACUGUCCUAGAGAAUAUGUGGUAUACAUGUGUCCUACAGGUCCCCUGCAAGAACAGAUACAAAAUUUUUGGGAAGAGUCACUCCAAAAAUGUGGCUGGAACGGAGCACAUAAUUUGGUACCACACAUUACCCUCUGCUCAUUUUUUAAAUCUGGUGAUGAAAACUGUGAAGCCCUAGUCUCGGCACUGAAGGAUGUUGUACAUAGCAUUAUGCCCUCCCUCCCCUCCAGUCUAACCCUCGACAAAUAUAUAUCACCCAACUACAUGGGUCUAUUUUUAAAUGACCAGCAGGCAGAUGUUCUUAAGAAACUUGCCGUUACUUAUAUAAAGGAAGUAUCUCACAUGUUUGAAGCUGGGUGUUACGACAAACUGGAGGUGAUGGCAGCAUGUCUGCCAUGGUGCACAGGAACAACUUUGACUCAAGAAUACUGCACCACAGGUGAAGCAGCAACAAAAGCGUUACACCUAACGUUAGCUUACCAGUUUCCGCCAUCACAAUUCUCUCGUCUUGAAUCUCUGGUGGAUAUAGUGGAGCCAAGGGCACUGUCUACAUGGGAGGUGCGAUUGUACUCCAGGGACACACGAAUUCUUGGAAAUGAGGUGCACAAGGUCUUAUAUUCGCACGUUCCACGAGAUCCCGAUGAGCUCGAACUAUUAAUUGGAGAUUUUGUGUAUGUUAAAGGAGAUUGUCUUGCGUCCUCACCUGAUGGUUGGGUUGAAGGAACAUCUUGGCUCACAGGUUCAACAGGAUUUUUACCAAUUAAUUACAUAGAACGCACAGCUGAGUCAGAUGCUUGGACACUUCAUAGAGCCAUUCCAGUCAUAGGCAGUACUGGCCGAGAAGGACUUGAAACUGCAGCAUUCCCUCGCCGCCCACCAAUCUCCUUGUCAUUGUUAAACCUUUUAGAAAAUAGCGAGGGCUCCCGACGCUCGACAGAAGUUCUCUCAGAAUCAUCAUCUAUGGAUCGCCUACAUUCACGUCAAGCAUCACUAGAGGCCACACAGUCACCUCCUCUUCCUCAGCAGGAAGUCUUAGAUGCCUUAUAUGCCAAGGUGAAGAAGCCAAAAAAGGAGGGGCCUCUCUAUAAAUUUCCAAUUGAUGGACCACGCAAAAUUAUUAUUGCCAGACAUGGUGAAAGAGUAGAUUUCACCUUUGGUGAUUGGAUUCGCUUCUGUUUUGAUGAGACAGGAAACUAUCAACGACGUGAUCUUAACAUGCCCGAGACGCUCCCUCAACGUAAAGGGGCACCCCACAGUUUCUAUAAGGACUGUCCUCUUACAAACAUUGGCUUAUUGCAAGCAACACUUGUAGGACAAGCUAUGAAAGCAAAUGAAACGGAGGUGCACCAUGUUUUUUGUUCGCCUUCAUUACGCUGUGUUCAAACAUGUACCAAUAUACUUAAAGGCUUAGGUAUUGCUGAGCAAAUGCCAAUCAACAUUGAACCUGGGCUUUUUGAGUGGUUGGCUUGGUACCAUGAUGGAAUGCCUAUAUGGAUGACUCUUGAUGAGUUAACUGAUUCAGGAUUCAAUAUCAGCCUUAAUUAUGAUCCUCUGAUUCGGAAAGAGGAACUGAAGGAUACCCACGAGAGUUGUGAACAGUAUUACGGUAGAAAUGCUUACGUUACACAGAGUAUUAUCAAUACAACCCAGGCACAAGGUGGUACAGUGUUGCUUGUAGGACACGCUGCUACAUUAGACACGUGCACGAGACAGUUAGUUGGAGGAACGCCAAGAUCAGCUCAUGAGAUGACUGCUAUCAUUAAGAAGAUCCCCUACUGCUCAUUUGCUUUUGCUGCUCAGGAGACUAAGGGCAGCUGGUCCUUGCAAGAGCCACCAUUCCCACCUGCCACCCACUCUGCUAAUAUGCGAUAUGAUUGGAGGAUCCUGGUUGCAUAGCUGUCUCCGUCCCUACCUUCCCAGUGUGAAGUGUGAUGUGACCAGAAGUAAAAGACCUUUAUCCCUUAGUGUUAUUAAUAUUCAUGUGCUGUUGGAUGCAUGAAAUACAGUUUUCUGUAGGUAAGUGAAAAUGGAAUUUAUUGAAAUGAAUUGUAUAACAUACGGUAUACAAAAUAAAGAAAUAAUUAUCAUGUAGAGUUGGAAAAAUGCUGUAUGUAGGCUUUUGAUGGUAUAAGAUAAAUUGACAGCCUGUUAUGGAAUCUGUGCUUUAUGAUGUAAAUUGUCUAGACAGACUUCACAAAAAGUAUUCAGUGAAUUUCUAUGCUUAGAUAAAGUUACUAGUAAUGUAUUAAAGUAUUUCCACAACACACUUUGUAUAAUGCGUCACACAUGUUACAUCUCCUGUGCGAUAUAUUCAAAUCUAGAACAUUAGACAAGUUCAGUUUUUAUUAUUUUUUAUUUUACUCAGAAAGCAUCUCAUCACAGCAGUUUGCGCAAUUUAAAACAAAAUUAUUAUAAUUUUGUUAUAUAAAUAAACUCUACAUAACAUUAUUUAAAAACAUGAUCCAUUGUUGAAAUAAAUUAGGUAAUUUUCAGUUCUUGGGGAUGAAGCAUAUUUUUCUUUGUAUCUACUUAGAUUUUAAACACUACUUAUUUUUUUUCAGUAGGGAAUACGUGGGAUUUGUUAUCAAUUUUAAAUUUGCAUCGAGACCAUAAGACACUUGAUGCUUGGGAGUGUUUUAUUACUGUGUUACUCUCAUUCUCCUUUCUGUUCUUGUUAUCUCUUAUGUGCACAUUUGUUCAACUCAUGUGAAUGUUUCUACCCUUACAUACACAUUCUCCCUUUACAUGUACGUUUCUUCCCUAUGUAUCCAUUUCUUCCCUUAUACCUUGUAAUGGUUCCUUAGAUCAAUGUUCCCAUGGCCAGUCUCUGACCAAGCCUCUUUGUUGGUGGUUUGGUCAACCAUUGUUGGAUGCAGGUGUUCGCAGCCUUAUGUAUGAAUCACAGGCUAGUUGAUCAGCCUGUGAUUCAUUGGAGGAGUUUAUCAAGUUUUCUCUCGAACACUGUGAGAGGUCAGCCAGCUAUGCUCCCCUUAUGGAUAGAGGGAGAGUGUUGAAAAAUCUUGUGCCAUUGUGCCCUUAUCUGCACAUUUCCUCCCUUACAUACACAUUUCUCCCCUACACGCACAUUUCUCCCCUACAUGCACAUUUCUACCCUACAUGCAUGUUUUUUCCCGAUAUGUGCAUUUCUCCUCGUGUGUGCAUGUUUCUCCCCAAGUAUGUGUUUCACCUUUUAUGUGUGCAUUUCUACCUUUGCUUUCUUUCACACCUUUACUUCCAUCCUUGAAGCUAAACAAACAUGUAGACUUGAUUUUAUACAAUAGUUUAAGCUAGUAGUUUGAAUUCUGUAACAUGAAGGUAUGAAGUGGGUUAGAAGCUGAAAUAUUCGAGAGAUUCUCCAUGCACUACUCUGCUUUGAAUGCAAAUGAAAGUGACAUAAUAUAGGUAGAGAGAGAUAGUAUAUUUUUAUAAAUCUAGAUGCUUUAACAUUGUAAGUUGCAUAAUGCUUUAUCUGGUUCAGUGCAAAACUAAUUUUAUAUGUGAUUAGAGAUAUAAGAAACCUCUGAACUUCUAGUAACUUAGGCACUAUUAUUAAACUUAUAAAAUGAUCUUAAUAGUUUCCAGCACAAUGUGCUCUUUUCCAACCUUUUGAUUUACUUAAUCUUGGUUCUAAUUUCUGCUAGUGUGAUAAGUUCAAUUUGUAACGUUUAGAAUUCGCUUUUGUCAGCUAAGGACUAACAAGCUUAUACUCGGGCUUCUUUCUCACUUUAUUCUCGAGCCUUGGUGGUUCUGUUAAGACAUUUUUAAUAUAUAUUGGGAUAUGGGAUAGGGCUGAUAAUGCUGUCCUGUAUUUUAUUUCACCUUCACCCCAGGUACUGUAUGUUUAAUACAGUAUAUAUAACAAAUCCUAGAGAAUGAGAAGUUUGAGUAUAACUAGCAUUUUGACAUAUAUAUAUGCUGUAAAUCAUUGUUAUACAUUAUACAUUAAUAACCUCUCACAAGAAAAAAAUACUAUUGAAUGUGAUAAAGUAACUAUCUGUUAAAAUUAUAAUUUGUAUUUACCCACCGUAUUGUUUAUGUUAAACGUAAUAUUGUUUAUAAUUGUUAACAAUAUAUUGUUAUUGCCAUAAUAUUUUGCAAGUGUUAUCCCACCGUAUAAUAUGGUAGAGGUUGAGGUGUUGGCAUCUUUAGACCUGCUCUUCCAUAUUUCACUGCGUAAUCUUUUUCUCCUAUUUUAUCCAUUAUUAUUAUGUAUUACACACUACUGUAUUAUUGGCAACUUAUUCUUACUUUUUAAACAAAUUGGAAGAGCCCACAGAGGCUCUGUUAAGACUGAUAAUUAGUGAUAUAUUAAUCUAAACUGUAUUUUAUACAGUGGUUUGAUUGCUGGUAAGUAGAAAUAAUAAUUUGAUUUUUAAUUAUGUGAAUGUGACUAGAGGUAAGAGUGGAAGCAUUAUGUACAGUAACAUUAUAUUUGUGGUUGCUGAGCAUAUGAUACACUGUGCUUGGAUGUAAAAGAUGUUGACCUGGACCAACUGUUUACCAUAAUAUGGUGCUGACUGUCACCACCAUAAUCUGAGCCAACCAUAAACCCUCUCAGCAAAAUAGUUUCAAUAUCUUUAUUGCACUUAACACUUUCGUUCGGCGGCGACGCAGUCUGCAUCAAUAAAUAAAUUUACAGAUGUCUGCUGGUUGCGUCAAAAUUUAAAAUAUGUGUUAAAAUUAUAUUUUUUAUCCAAUCAUUAUGGGACCAGCUUUACAAUUUCCACCUUUAGAUUGUGAACAGUUUGAUACCAAAUGAACGACGUAGCUCGAAAAUUGAGGUCAGAACACUGGAAAGAAAACAUAUGUUAGUGUGGGUGUGCACGCCCUGGAAACGCCAGGCCCACCUUUGGGUGGGUUGGGGCGUGCGUGUCGGGUGCACGAAAGUGUUUAAUAUGCUUUUUCACCCAAGUGUUUUAUAUCUAUUCACUAUUUAUGAAAUUAAAACAAUAUGUAAUGAGUAUGACUAGAUAACUAAAAGAAAAGUAUAUAUACAGUCAAGCUAUGCAUAUUGGUGCAUUCCAGUAUUCACAGAAUACAAUUUUAAAAGUAAUUUGGGAGUAAUAGGGAAUGUUUUACAGAAAUCUCCCUAUGUCCAAUUUUUUUUUCAAUAAAACUCACAUUUUAAUAUUGCUAAUUAAUUCCACUACUUGCAAUAUACAACUAUACUGUACUGCAUAAAGUGUUCACUCAGUAUUGACAAGAGAGGAGUUUAAUUACCACUUCCAAGCUAUUACGUACUACAGAAAGUAGAUUUAUGCACUCACUAAUUAAUAUCUAAUAUUUCCUGGAGUUCAGCAAGCAUUACAUUAAAUGUCAGUGAUGGAGUGAUGCAACAGUGUUAUGAAAAAGUGCAUAAAACAAGGAGAACCCCAUACCACCCUUCACUAAUUGAACCACAGCUUGCAUUUAAUAAAAUUUGGUGUUAAAUACUUGCCUUGUAUAAGGCAAAUUUCAUGCCUUCCAAGUUAACGCAUAGCAAGGACUGACUGUACAUGUAUUAAAAGCGGGUUGUGUUUUAAGUCACUAAGACUUCUACGUGCUUCACCUAAAAUUAUAAAUCUUCAUGUUUGUAUGUUAGGUUGGUCUAACGUCUCUGAGUAAAUGAAGUUUUACUGUAUAUAUAACAUUAAUAGGUUUCUUUGGAAUUUUUUAAUUUAUAUUACAGAUUGCAGUUCUAAUUCUUUAAUUUUCAACUGGGUGGAAAGUUAACGCAAAUAAUCAGUCGAAUACAGUUUUACUAAUUGUGAAGCUAUUGACUAUACUACUGCACAGUUUCUACAAUACAUCUGUGUGACACAGUGUUCUGAUUAAUCAUCUAAGGCAAGUAUGUAUAGUACUAUCAUAUGUAAACAAUAAAAAGUUAUAAAUUCACCAAAUUAUUAAAUACAGUACUAAUACAGUAUUUUAUGGAUAAUUAAAAUUCCAAUAUGAUGGAUUGAUGAUUUUGAACUAGUCUGAUGAAUGUUACCCAAACCAGAGCUCAUAUGCUCCACACUGGACUUGUAUUACCCACCAAGCUCUUGCGGAACUUGUCUCCCACUUUAAUGGAUUUUUGUGAAUUAUCUAGUCGAGUAAAAUAAAAAAUGGGAAAUUGAUUCAUUAUUGGUUCUUGUACUUUGGGACAUGGUAUGCUCCUUAAAUGCAUGUAUAGAUACUGAUAUGACUGUUUCUUGCUUGCUUCAUGUGCUUUGGUGCAUAUACUAUUGAGGGUAUUGUCUCAAAUGCGUCCCGGUUCCUCUAUCGUACCUUGUUCAGCUCCCUAAUUGAAUGUUGUCCUUUGGGCCCUGUGCAUGGUGGUUAGUCUCUGUUGGGCUUCACUCUUCUUUUGUUGGUUUGGAUAUUUUGUAGGGCAUCUGGGUUUUCUGGCUUGGUGCUGCUUUGUGGUGGGUGCUUAUGGCAUCUGCUAGCUGCCCCACUAAAUUUUUCAUGGUGUUAUUUGUGGUCCUGGUAGCUGGAGGCUUGCAAAGGUAUUUAUUGGGCAUCAGUAGGUGUUACCCUGGCAUACAGUUACCUUCCAUAGCAUUGGGUUCGCAUGGUGGUUUGAGGUUUAUCUCGAUCAAGUGUCCUCCAGUUUACUUGGAUAUUUGUUUGGGCUUGUCCUAUGAACUUAUCCUUGCUGUGAAUUAUUCUAGACUUUUAAAUUUGCUCCUUUGCUUCAUAGCAUCUUACAGGAUGCUUAUGGUUCGUUCUGGUAAUUUUCUUUCCUGAAGACUUUGGUCAUUGGCCUCUAUGGAUGCUUGUCUUUCAUUCUGGGCUUUACUAGUGCAUUCCCUAUAUAGUGAUUUUUGUCCAUUAACCCAUGUUUCUGUACCCGUCCUUGGGAUGCUAUCAUUCCUACCUCUUGCUUAAAUUACCUCAAGCUUGCUUGGGUGGCCUACUCUAAUGAAACUGAUAUUGUGAUGGGUUCUGCCAUCUGGUGAUGGUAGGUGUAACUUUGAUUUUUAAUUCAUACUUCACAGAGCAAUAAUUGCCAUUUCUUAUGUUUCUGGUACAAUGAGGGGUAUAAUGUUCAGCUGGGCCCAUAGUAGUGGCUUCAGUUAGACUUAUUCUCGUCCCUUUCUUAAUUUCCUUGACAAGUCAAUUUGGAAAACCAAUGAGAGCCUGGGGAGUAAAUAACAGUCCUCGGUAAACCAUAUAAACUCUGGUUCGAGGUAAUGCUCAAUUCACUAUUUUCUUGGAAAAUAUCUUCAGUAGCUCCCUGAGCCAAGCACUGGUCCAGCCAAGCCUUAAAAAAGGGGGAGAAAUGAACCAGACCUGAAACUGAUCUUAGCCUACCGGGAAAUAGGACCAAAAUAUGACUGUUAGCCUUGCUGUUUGAGGACUGUGUCUGGCUGUGUUGAGUUAUUCCCAGGUGGUGUGCCCUCUAUUUCUCAGACUGUUUCCUGGUGCUUUAGACCAGGAUUUCUGAAUGCUUCCAGGCAAUGUGCCUGGUUGUUCUCAGGUUGGGCGCCUGAGGGUCCAUAAUUUUCUUCAGGCAGUGACUUUAUUAGCUGUGCUUAUGGUUUUGGCAGGGCAUUUUUCAGUUUUUAUUUGAGAUCUGAUCCCGCCCUUCCUUCACCGCAUAGAGCCACAUUAUGCUCAUGGUUUACGUUAGGCAAAAUUUAGUUUCAAGAGGCCUAGUGCACCUCACAAAGGCUUAGCUGGACAAGCACUUAGCUCAGGAAGAAAAUGAGGGUGCCACCUGAAAAGGACAUUUUAUUACAUUCAAUGUUUGAUUAUUUUCAAUUCAACCAUUUAUAUGAUUUCCAUCAUACAGAAUGUCACCAUCACUCAGUGGUUGUAUAGAUUUCCAAAUGUUAAUAAUUUGUAAUUUUCAAAACAUAUAGUGUUAUAAGUAUUGUAAUUUCUUAUUACAAACAUUUUGUACUGUAUAUUGCUGUAAUAUUUUAUACAGGUGCACCAAAAUAUAUUAAUACUGUACUGUAUAUGCUCGAUAAUCAGAAUUAUAUGGGACCCAUCCCCUUUCAAGUUAGCCAGACAUUUGAGUUAGCCAAAUUUUUACCUGACAAGUUCAAAAAUUAAACAAUUUGAAUUUAAUUGAAUACUUGUUUGGCAGAAAUCUCAAUACCCUGAAUUUUUAUGAAGAGUUGAGCUGCCAAAAAACUUUAUUCAGAUUACCUAAAGAUACGGGUUACCAAAAUUCAGUUUACCGAGCUCUUACUGUAUUAACUUACAUUUUACACUUGUUUUUAGAUCAAAACAUUGUAUAUCUCCUACUUAUAUUGUAUAUCUCCUACUUAUAUUGUAUAUCUCCUGCUUUUAUCUGGAUGGGGUCCUAGGAGUUCUUUUACUCCCCAAGCCCUGCCCAGGGCCAGUUUAAUAUUUUUGCUGUUAAAUUAGUCUUUUGAUUAUUCUUAUUCGUAAUAAAGAUAUCAAUGUAUAAUUUCAAUUUCAAUAGUAAAUGUCUUCAUAAUUUUUUCCAGUUGGUAUUAACUCACUAUAAAGGAUAAUUGAAGAAUGUGCAAAACAGUUGUCUUGCUUGAAAAUCUGAAGGUAUACUGUAUUGAUAUCUCUGUAUUUCUUAACUGUAUUUGUUGUAAUCAUGCAAGAUAUAAUGUUUAAGGUACUAUACAUCCAACAUUUGUAAUAAUGUAAAUAAGGAAGCCCAAGAGACAGCUGUUAAGUGGCACACAACCAGUAGGCAUAUGGGGCAAUGCUCCUCUCAGAAAAUAAGUCAAUAAAUAAAAGAGCCAUUUAGAGAAAUUUGGGCAUAUUUCUCCCUUUUUUAUCUUACAUUGUACAUUAAUGAUUACAUAAGGUUAAAGCUUAUCGUGUAGGGGAACGUCCGUCAUAUGAAGGCUGAAGAUUAUACUUUCUACCAACUGACCAGCCGCAGUAUAUCAUUCUCAUCCAAAUAACAUGUGCAAAGGCACAUAUUUUAACAGGUUUAGACUGAAUGGUGGCAUUGUUUUUCCAUCUAUUUAUUUUCCAGUUCAUAUUCUACAGUUUCUUUUAUCUUUUGUACUGGUCAAAAAAUUUGUAAAGAAAUUUAAUUUAUUCUAUGUGGACACACAUUACAACUUUAACUAUAAAUUUUUCAUUACAUAACAUGUUCAUGUUCACAUUUUGAUAAGAUUUGUGAAAACAUUCUAAGCAUUUGUUAUCGUGACUAAAUGAUUGUUGUGCUUCAUGAUUUUGAAGAGAAAGAGACAUGUCAGCAAGUUAUGUGAUGGGUUGCAACUUUAGUAUCAUAAUUUGCUCUAGAUUGCUUACUUUGGCUGCUAGCAAAAGAUUAAUACUGUAAUAAGAGUCACAGCAAUUUCCAACGUAAAUCAGAAUUUUGAAGAAAUUCUUUCAAACUGGGAGGAAGAAGUUGUAACUAAAGUAUCCCACUGAAUAAUUAGAAAUACUGUACAGUAUAUGAAUCAAGUUUUGAGAAGACUUGGCAUUGUUGAGAAUGUCAGACAUGAAACAAUGUGUUAAGGUACAGUAUUGUAUGUACAGCACAGUAUAUACCUUAAUGUUUAUCCAAUCUAUAUUUUACAUGCUUAAAUAUUUUAUUGCAACUUUGUGUAAUCGCAAAUUGAGAUUGGCUUUAAAAGGAGAGUUUAGCUGCUUUUAGUUUAAUUAUCUGAUGCUCAUAACAUCUUCGGUGAUCAGCCGGUGUUCAAACCUUCCUGCCUAUUGUUUUUAUUUUUAUUUUACCGCAGCUCCUACUUGCUGAGCGAGCAUCAGUAAUGGAUCAUAACCCUUGGAUGCUUUCCUUUAUCACCCUGCUGUAAGGUCUUAUUGUUAUAAUGGUCAUGAUAUGCCCUACAUGUAAGCUCUUACAUUUUUCAAUAUUGAAAAACAUUUUCAAUCUUUUUUUUUUUUAGCAUUUGUUAAGAUGCAUAGAAACAUUUUAAGGAGAAAUUUUGAUACAUACCAGUACGUUAGUACGUACAGUAGUGUAAAACCACACAUUUUAAUUUUUUGCAUAUACUUUACCUGUUAAAAUUAUUUCUAUGCAUAAUACACUAAUUUGUUAUCAAAAUUAUUUACAUAUUAAACUGUCUAGGAAUGCAGUAAUUAAGUACUGCAUUAUCACUUUCCUGAGAAUUUAGUUUGCAGAAUCUUUAAUAUAAAAACUAUGCCAAUACCUGUAUAUAUGUGAUUUAAAACAAAAAUGUUUGCAGUAUAAUGUGUGUACUUGUGCAGUUCUUUGUCACUUUGUAUUAUUGUCUUACAGUAUAAAAAUGUUAUCCCGAGGGGCUAACCAGGGUUAAGAAAUGGCUGCCAUCCACAAAAAGAGGUUAAAAAAAGAUGUAAAUCCACUGAGAGAAUAUCUUAAAAUCAUAAUUGACUAAUGGAUUUGUUACUGUUAUCUAUAAACUGUAUUUUAAUAAGAAAAUAUAAGUAGAUGAUAUAAAAUUAUUUAAAGCACUGUACUUCAGUAUAAACAGUGUGGAUAAAACUGGAAAUAAAACUGAAGUUGAAGUGUACUGUAUAAUGACUAAAGACGAGCGUAUUACCUCACCUCUUAUCUACAUAACUUCUCCAUCCAUUCAACAAAAAAUGAACAAAACCCAACUUUGUGUCCAAGACUUAAGGUGCACUAGGUGUUUUAUCUCCUUUUCCCUUCAGCAAUGUUUUGGGUUUAUGCAUUCUAGUCAGUCUUGCAUAAUAGUAUAGAUUUAGAUACUGGUAAACCAUCAAAUAUUUGAAUUUAAUAAAUAAAUUUUUGUGAAUCCACCAAAAUAAAAAUUAUAGGUAA